UGUGUGUGUAUAUAUCUUCCAUGUAUCUCUCUCUCCAUAAUAUCUUCAUCUCUCUCUCUCUCUCUAGUUUUUAGUCUGAAAAACUCACCAAACUCAAUGAGAGAGAGAUGGGAGCAGUGAGACCAAAAUCAGCCAUGGCGCAAGAUGAAGGAUCUGGUGGAGAUGGCUCCAUAUCCUCUACUCAUGAACAGCCAUCGCAUCACCAGGACCAGAAGGAACUCGACGCGGGCGCUCUCUUUGUUCUCAAAUCCAAAGGGUCAUGGUUACAUUGCGGCUAUCAUCUAACAACCUCGAUUGUGGCACCGGCACUUCUAAGUCUGCCCUACGCGUUUACCUUCUUGGGAUGGGCUGCCGGCUUAAUCUGCCUCAUCGUUGGUGCUCUUGUGACCUUCUACUCCUACAACCUUAUAUCUUUGGUCCUCGAGCACCAGGCCCAGAUCGGUCAUCGACAUCUCAGAUUUCGAGAUAUGGCUAACGACAUUUUGGGCCGGAGAUGGGGUCGGUUUUACGUGGGCCCGAUCCAACUCAUGGUAUGCUAUGGCGCAGUCGUCGGUAACACACUUCUGGGAGGGCAAUGCUUGAAGGCAAUUUAUUUGCUCUCGGAGCCCAAUGGAACUAUGAAGCUCUAUGAAUUUGUCAUGAUUUUCGGAUGUCUAAUGUUGAUUUUAGCUCAAUUCCCAUCCUUUCACUCACUUAGGUACAUCAACUUAGUGUCUUUGGUUCUCUGCCUAGCCUAUAGUGCUUGUGCAACCGCAGGUUCUAUCCAUAUCGGAAACUCAUCCAAGGGGCCUGAGAAGGACUAUUCCGUUCUCGGGGAUGCAGAGAGCCGCGUCUUCGGGAUCUUCAAUGCCAUUGCGAUCAUUGCCACUACUUUUGGCAAUGGGAUCAUUCCCGAGAUCCAGGCUACGUUGGCGCCUCCAGUGAAAGGGAAGAUGUUCAAGGGGCUCAGCCUGUGCUACACCAUUGUGACAGUCACCUUCUUCAGCGUUGCGAUAUCGGGUUACUGGGCCUUCGGGAAUCAAGCGGAAGGGCAGAUUCUUAGCAACUUUGUGGUGGACGACCGGCCCUUGUUGCCCAGAUGGUUCAUCCUCAUGACCAACAUGUUCACUAUCCUCCAACUCUCUGCCGUUGCUGUGGUCUACUGCCAACCCACAAAUGAAGCCCUCGAGCGGGCAUUCGCGGACCCAAAGAGCGGCGAAUUCUCCCCGCGGAACGUGGUCCCUCGAGUCAUCUUCCGUUCAUUGGCGGUCAUUGCUGCAAUAACUAUUGCGUCCAUGCUCCCAUUCUUUGGCGACAUCAACUCCCUGAUCGGAGCCUUCGGUUUCAUACCCCUGGACUUCAUCCUGCCCGUCGUCUUCUUUAACCUCACAUUCAAGCCUUCCAAACGGAGCCCCAUCUUCUGGGUUAACAUCACCAUUGCUGUGGUCUUCUCGAUACUUGGGGUAAUCGCGUCGAUUGCAGCGGUGAGGCAGAUAACUCUUGAUGCCAAAACGUACAAGUUGUUUGCGGAUGUAUAGACUAUCCAAGAUUACUUGAAUAUGUAGAUCGUGGCCAACAUCACUUGUUUCGGUGUUUGCAUUGAUUGUUUUGUAAGCUCAUUAUUUCGACAUCACAAUUUUACACAAAGCUCUUUAACAUCA